AUGGAGGUUAACUGCUUAACGCUAAAAGACCUGAUCAGCUCCAGACAUGGAAAAAGGGAUUUUAUAGAUGAAGAUGGGGAAAGUGCUCAAAAGGUAAGCAGGUGCCUAAACACCCAGUUCUGUAUUUUCAAAACUGCUCAUGGCCAUCAGGCAUUGUUCUCAACUGUGUUCUCAUUUAUUAAAAUCAUGGUGAAACUUACAAUAUUCCAGAGUAGUAAAACCUACCUGUAAUGUCCAACUCAAAACAAAACAAAACCAUUUUAAGUAUGAUUAUAGUUAGCUCCAUUAAGUUUAAAAAUAAAAUUGUAACAAUAUACAUAUUUAAUCACUCUUUCAGUUGGGCACUUGUCUCAGAAACUUGCAAAAGAUCUUCCCCUUGGUUCUAAUUUCGCAGAAAGCCAGUUUCUCCACCCUGCCCUUUAAAGGAAAUGAGGAGUCAUUUUUUCUAUUAAUGAGAUUUUGUGCAAGACAUUUGCCAUAUGGGCAUGGGAUUAUGGACAAUCCUGUCAUUCCUGAUUGGAUGUUUGUGGCAGACUCUUAUACCUGUGAAAGGGUUGAAGCUGAUGCAGUACUGUAUCCUACUAGUGCUCUCACUGAGCAAAAUGGAUCGAUACCUGGUUUCAGAUAUGAAACAGUAAACCUGAAGAGGUGCUCCUAAUUAAACAGAAAGCACAGCAAGAAAAAUGUCUCCAGUGUCAAGUGUUUUUACUUUAAUGCAGUGGUCUGGAUUUGAAUGGAGCAGUGGCAUUGGGGGAGGGGUACUUAACCCUUUAUCUUCCAACCAUUCUGAAGCUGCUGUUAACCAAAUGAGAGGAGUGGAGUUAUAUGCUCCGCCGCAGCUUCAGAGAUGAGCUUUCCUUCCAGGAAAGGGCUGUCCGUUCAAACUGGGACACACACACUUGGCAGUUGCAUUAAAGCAAAAACAGAAUACAUCAAGAGAUCUCCUGUAUCAAUGAGGCAUACAAGUCAAUGUAAUGGAUUGGUUUCUCCUGAGAUGCUACAUUCUAUGCUGCCUGGAACCUCACAUUAUAGAUUUUAUCUAAGGGGGGAAGCACAACCUUCACCUCAAAAUAGCACUUUUUAAUCUGCAAAAGCAAUGACUUGCUACUAGUGGAACAAUAGGCCUGGAAAUUUACAAGCAAUGUGUGUGUAAAAGUGAAGAAGCCAGAAGAAAGCUCAAUUAAGUAUACAAAUAAUCUGUUGCUCUCUGAUUCAAUAGUUUUUUAAAAAAUGCUUGUCUCAGUUUGCUGCCAUUGUAGGUAUUAAUCAGUUCAAGUUCCGCAAUCACUUUUGGCUCUUUUGACAUUGUUGGUUAUCUACAGUAGAUCUCUAACACUAGCUAACCAAACAGGCAAUGCAAGUCUAUAUGACUGUUGACUGCUGUGGUUAUAUUCCCACCAGAAAAGCUAGAUAGAUGUCCUAGUGAGAGCAGAACAAUUGUUUUUCAGCCUUGUAAAGUUUCGAAAAGCAGGAGGUUUAAGUAAGAAACAUGAUACUGGUACAGCAGUGUGCAUUGACAUGACCAUAUUGGUAAGAUGUAUUAAAUCUGAAGUAGCAGAAAACUAAGGUGUCUUGCAGGAGAAACGCAGUACGAAAGAAAACUCAAUUUGGCCCUCACAAAGUGUGGCUCCCAUUGAGUUCUAUAGGAUGGAAUAAGCAGGCUAAAGUUUGGGCCACAGCUGAGAGGGAAUUCUGUGGCUUCAUUUGCAUGUCACAGUAAGCCAAACUCUGGUUUAUUGGGACCUUGCAGCCCCAGUCUAUUUUUACUCCUAAGCUCAGCCAAGGUUAGCUUAGCAUGUCAUUGAUACCUGGGUCCAUGGCUAUGCUUUUCCUCACUACAACUUGUGUUUAGUGGGAAGAGACCCUAACUACAAGCCUGGGUUUGAAUGACACCAUACAGCACAUGGUUAGUGAAGAGGGAGCUGAAACAUGAACCUGCAUUUGUGCAGGAUGCUAAGUCAAACUUUGCAGGCAAAGUGACUUGUGGGCUUUCCAGGAGCCCACUUGCACGAAACCUUUACCGCAGUGUGUGAACCAGGCCUGUGUCCCUGGCAUUUAAGUCGAGCUGCCAAAUAAACUUAAUCACUGGUUAAAUAAUACAUGAUUCAGUGUGAUGUAUCACACAGAACAGGGAUGAGAUACUUGUUCAAUGGACAGUUUUCAUCAGAGAUUUGUCCAAUCAUACCUUGGCAACUCCCAGGGAUAGAAAUGUAUAGUUUCAAUGUGAAAUUUUCUCCCAGGUGCAUUCAUCAACUUAGCAACUGUUUUUAACCCAGUUAAUUUGAUCUUAAUUGAGAUUUUUUUGUAUUUUUGUUAUCCCUUCCAGAAAAGAGUGAAAGCAUUGCACAAUUUAAAAACUGUUUUUUUCCCCAGCAUUUUCAGUGUUGGUAACCAAUAUAAGAUUUCAGAAUGUACAGAAGUAAUUUCCAUAGGUUCUGUCAUGUUCUUCUGUGACCAAGAAAUAGUAUCCUGGACAUAGCUGUCAACAUUUCCCUUUUUUAAAGGGAAAUUCCCUUAUUCUGAAUAGGAUUCCUCGCAAGAAAAGGGAAAAGUUGACAGCUAUGAUCCUGGGUAGGUUUAUGAAAAUGUCAAGGGCCUAUGCUGGUGAAUGGCUUCCACUGCGUUCUAUGAACAGGGUAAAGGUAAAAGGACCCCUGAUCAUUAGGUCCAGUCGUGACCGACUCUGGGGUUGCGGCGCUCAUCUCGCUUUAUUGGCCGAGGGAGCCGGCGUACAGCUUCUGGGUCAUAUGGCCAGCAUGACUAAGCUGCUUCUGGCAAACCAGAGCAGCGCACGGAAACGCCGUUUACCUUUCCGCCGGAGUGGUACCUAUUUAUCUACUUGCACUUUGACGUGCUUUCAAACUGCUAGGUUGGCAGGAAUAAACAGGGUAAAUAGGCUUAAAUUUGACACAACUGGACUCUCCCCACAUAUUGUGGUCAUCAGAGUCUGGGACAAAAAGUCCCCCCCCCCCCUGUUGUUCCAAUCCACUGUCUGGUUUCAGUCCACUUUUCACCAAUUUACAUGAAGGGCGUUUAAUCCUAUGGCAAAAAUUAAAGCCCUAAUCUUAGGAACAAUGCUAACCUUGAGCAUUGUUCCCUGACCAUAAAACUGUAUUUUGGUCUUUGCUACUUGACUGACAGGUAUUUAGCUCAGGCCCAAUAUGCUUGAACAAAAUGCCUGUCAUUGUAUUGGGUGAAGCGUGUUUAGAAGGAGGGCCUGUGUGGCUGUGUGAUAACUUGCUCUUAAAACAUUCUAGCACCUCAGGGUAGUGUCCGUUGGUGGGGGCUGGGAUGUGAGGGGGGUCACAGAUAUUUAUUUCAUUUAUUUUUAUUUAACAAAAUUUACAUACUGCUUGGGUGUAAUAAAGUCUCUAAGUGGCUUACAUGAAAUAUUAAAAUUUACAAUUAAAAACAUUUUAAAAUGAUAGAAAAAUGAACAGUACAAAAGAGAUUGAAACACACCAACUUCUACAUGUUUGGAUAGACCUGCCUAAAGAAAACCUGUUUUGAGAAGGUCCUGAAAAGAGCCAGCAGAGGUUCUUGUCUGCUGUCAAUAGGCAGAGAGUUCCAAUAUGCAAGUAUAAAAAUAAUCAUUUUCUUUCAAUUGUGGAAUAAUUAUGUGGCAGCUGUAAUGGUGCCAGUUCCCCAGACUGAAGCAGUUGAAUGGGCACCUAGGAAGUAAAAUACAGUCGUACCUCGGAAGUCAAACAGAAUCCGUUCCAGAACUCCGUUCGACUUCCGAAACAUUCAACUUCCAAAAUGUGGCUUCUGAUUGGCUGCAGGAAGCUCAUGCAGCCAAUCAGAAGCCAUGGAAGCCCCAUUGGAUGUUCGGCUUCCAAAAUAACGUUCAAAAAACUGGAACACUCGCAUCCAGUUUUCGAUUGUUCGGGAGGCGAAACGUACAAGCUCCAGGGCAUUCGAGAACUGAGGUAAGACUGUACAGUAGUAGAGUUCGUCUAAAGUGCAUCGCUUUAUUUCCUGCCUAUAUGGCUAAGGUCAAGCAAUGCGCUGGAUAUAAACUUGUCUCCUUCCUUUGGGACACAAGGGUCUGGGAUGAGGUUCUCUCUCAACUCCAUCCUAAAUUUUAGCCUGUGUAUCUUGCCCCAUAGAUCUCUAUGGGAGCCAUUUGUAAUUGAGCAGGCCACCGUUUCUUGGUACAAUAGGACCACAGCAUUGAUUGGCUGCUUCUCUGCCUUCCAGUUAUCUCCAAAGCUAUCUUUUCUUUCUAAUAGGAAAAUAUAUUUGAGCGACCCAGAAUGACCCCAAAGACUCCCAUGAAAAAUGAACCCAUUGAUUUGUCAAAGCAAAAAACCUGUACCCCUGAGAGAAGUCCAAUUACACCUGUUAAGCUGACAGAUAGGCCCCUGGCAGAUCCAUGGACCCCCACAGCUAACCUAAAGAUGCUUAUUAGCGCUGCUAGCCCUGACAUGCGGGACAGAGAAAAGAAGAAGGAGCUCUUCAGGCCAAUUGAGAACAAUGAAUUUAAUGACGCUUUUCCCGAUUCCUUGCAGGUAAGAGAGACUUUCCACGGCACAUUUGUUUUGAAUUAGUCAUUUUUUAUCUGUUUAAACUAAAUAAUAUUUCAUUUGUAGCCUUCUUCAUUUAUCUGAUUUGUGGACAACUCUCCCAAAUUGUCCUGAUUUGACUUUUCGCAGCCGUUCUCCUAUUUCUGCUCACAUAACCAAAGUGCCACUUCCUUUGUUGUCUCUUCGCCUGCCAUUUUGAGCUGUACUGUCACAUAUUACUUCCUCUGCACAGCUGCUUCACGGGGCCACCAGCAUAGAAGAUUUAGAGAAUGUGAACCUUCCUUAGAAACAAGAAUGCAUGGGGGAGCAGGCAGACUCUUUGUGCUUUCCAAGUGACACGAGCAAGAGACUUAAUUUUCUAAACCUUACCCCCCUCCCCAAAAUAUCACUGCCGUUACAAAUAUAUUGCACAAUAAAUGACUACCUGCUGUUGUGUCACUGGAAUCAUGAAUUAAAAAGAUGUAAUUAUGUAUACAUAAAAUGUGAAAAAAUUCUACUCUUCUCCUGUUUUUCAGAAAUCCUCAUGUCAACGAGUUGACCCCUCCCUGGUUCAAAGCGGGGUGAGGGAGGGGCGUAGGUGGUAGAUGGGGAUCCACUGGUAGAUCUCUAGAUAGUUUGCAGCAGAGCAGUGAUUUCUGGCUCCCAAUUGUUUUACAAAAGCAGUAACAAUGUUAUUUUUUAAUUUAUUUUAUUUAUAUACCGCCCUUCAUCAAAAGCUCCCAGGGUGGUGUGCAACAUUAAAAACAUACUUUAUGGAGCAUAAUAAUAAUAAUAUAAUACAAAGAAUAACAACAUACAGCAUAAUAAUAAAACAAUCAUAAUCACAGCCCGUACAACUUUCCCCUCUGAAAUUAGGCUGCCGAAAUGAAGAAAGCUCAUUAGCAUGAGUUAGACUUUGAGCUCGGUUUUUGUACUGAAAAGGGAUUCCUUGGCUCACUGUGUAUCUUACACCGGACUGCUCGGUACAUCCUCGGGUUCCAGCAGCAGGAGGCAGAGGAGCAGUGUGGGUGGGCACUGGCUGCUGCCCCAACCUGCCCAUGCCGUGUGUUUCUGCUGCUUACGGAGAAUGAGAGGGGCGAGGCGCAGGGAGCUCAGGGUGGUAGCAGAGCCAAUACACUUGCUGCUGCACACACGCCACCCUGAGCUUCUUCGGUCAGCCCCUGUGACAUGCAGCAUUGGGAAGUCAGGGUAGCAAUGUGGCCCCACCCUGCUGGCUGCUGCUGGGUUCUAAUAAAAAGCAAAGGAGGUCCAGUGAGCCUUAUGCUACCCAUUCGUGGUUUAAAGUACACUCCGAUCCAGCUGCUGUAUUGUGCCUCUGGUGAACUUCUCCAAAUAAUGCUGGCUGUUCCCAGUUCGAAGCAUGAUUACUUGUACUCAUUAGCCGUAUUAAUCUUGCUCCCCUUGGAUAAAAUCAGCAGUUCCUGUUUAGAAACGCUUUCUGCAAAUUCUUUAAAAUACAAAGGCAUAGAUUCCAAAAUCUGCCCCCACCAUGCAAGGUCCAUAAAACAUAGUGCUACCUAAGGCAGCCAAAAUCUUCCUGAGAAUGGUCACUCCCAGAGCCAAUCUAGUGAGAACCGCUUUCAUACAUUAUUGCUUAAAAUACAACUUCAGGGGGUGGGGGAAUGAAAGCUGCAGUUUCUUUCAGCAUUUGAGGCUGUUUUAACAAAUAUUCCUUUUAAGGACCACUUGUUGCACUGCAGUAGCCCUCAAAGUUAUUUACUGGAGCCGUUCCAGCAUCUUUUAAGAUUUCUCUUAGGUGCAGAGGCCAAUUAAACUCACUAUAGUGUAAGAGGCUUCAGAAGUUUUCUUUUGUGGUACGAAACCUGGCCUUUGGGGUUGCUAAAGAUCUUUCUCUCAAAAUUGCCCUCUUUCUUCUGCAUCCAGUUUUCCUUGUGUUGUGCCUUUGGGGCUGUAAGCCUGCAGGCAGCAGAAGGGCUACAGCUCAGUGGCAGAGUAUUUGCUUGGCAUGCAGAAGGUAGGGAUGGGAAUGUCCCUUCUGAAACCCUGGAGAGCUGCUGCCAGUCAGUGUAGGCAAAAGCUAGAUGGACCAGCUACUUGGCUUAGUAAAAGGCAGCUUCCUAUGCCCCUAGGCCAAUUGUUUUUAAUUGGUAUGGGGUGCUUCGUGAAGUUUAAAUGCUCUACCCCUCUAGAGAUAGGUGGAAAGGCUCCCGAUCAAAACUAAGGUGCAGUGUUGCUCAUUACGUUCAACACCGGACCAGUUUUAUCCUUGCCGCCUUGCAAACCACGACAUUCCCAGUACUGUCCUGCUUGUCAGAGGAGCUACCAGUGUCCAAGACCUGUCCGCCAUGCUGCUGUCUUGGCCCAAUGGUUAGGGGAGAUGGGAGUUGUAGUCAAGCAACGUCUGGAGGUUACUUGGCUAUCCUUGAUCUACAACUCCACUCUCUAGACUUGCUUAAUACCUUAUGCAUGUAUUUCGUUUUCCUGCUGAAAGUCCAGGUCUUACGUAUUAAAAAUACAACAUGUAUUGCUGGUGCCGUGCUAUAUAACAAAGUGUUAUUUAAAAAACCAGGCAACUACAACCCAUUUUAUUUGUUUCUAGUGUGGCACCGUAGAUGAUGGAACAGUGGAUGAAUAUGAAAAGCAGAGACCCAGCAGAAAGCAGAAAAGCUUAGGGCUGCUGUGCCAAAAGUUCUUAGCCCGCUACCCCAGUUAUCCUUUAUCAGCAGAAAAAACAACAAUUUCUUUGGACGAAGUGGCUUCUAGUCUUGGUACGUAUGCAAGGAAGCAAUACUGACUGCAGGAAUGAAUGCUCCGGUUGAACUAGAUAGUAGCCCCUUUAAGGCAAGCAGUUCUCCUUACAAACCCCAUUUAAAUUAACUAUCCUCUCAUGAAAUUUCCCAUGCAUUUCAGUGGUGUUUCCAUGGAAGAAGGUACGGGGGGGGGGGGGGUUGGCAUAAAAACUCAAUGACUGAAACUGAAAAUAUUCCCCCCUGAUGCUACUUAUCAAUUAUCUGAAACAGGAUAUUUAAUAUAUACAGCACCAUGUUUCUUAUUGGAUGUAAACCUGAGGUGCAAAAUCAGAUGGACCCAAAGAUGUUUUAUUUAACUAGAUUUGGGCUGUAGCAUUCUAUGCAUUUCUUGUUGUGAGCUGCCCUGAAAAUUCUGUGGCCUAUAAAUUACAUUAAUUAAUAAAUGGCCUGCACACAAGUAUUUGGAAGAGCACAUUUCUUCCAAGAAUUGUAACUGCUAGGUCUUGCUUCUAAGCAAAUUGUUUCAGGACUGAAAUAGAAAACUGCUUUGGGGGCAGAAGUUGCUCAGUUCAACUCCUGUAAUUUCGAGUUAAAAGGAGCAGGUUGCAGAUAAUAGGGAAGACCUCUGUCGGAGAGCUUGGAUAGCCACUGGUAGUCACAAGAGGCAACACUGGGAUAUCAUGUAUAAGGCAAAGCAGCUUUUUAAAUGUUCCAGUAAGAGUAAGGCAGUAUUGAGCUCAAUAGUCUGAUCUGGCACAGAAGGAAGUUUCACAUAAAUAUGUAUAAAGUUAUUUUUCAUCUUUCUGUUUGCAUAGCAUAUUUUCUUAAAAUAGAUUUUUGACAUGGUGUUGUUAGGGCAGAUUUGUGUAGCCUUUUGCUAAAGGAAGUUUAAUGGAAGAUGUAAUGAGAUGUGACAGCGUCAAGAAAUAUUGAGCAGGGCACUAAGUCAUUUUCACUAUAGGCUCGCCGCCCCAGAUCUGCUGCUGAAAGGGGGGGGCACCUCUCCGCUUCCACUUGAGCACCAUUUUCAUAGUUCCCUAAACUCCAAUUAAUAGUGUCAUCUGUGGCUUAGCCUGUGAGUGAUGAUGCAGGGACACUGCUUGGUCCCAGCUGUAAAUCUUCACCUGGAGCAUGAAUAAUGGGUGGAUGACUCUACCACAAGUUCGCGGUACCAUCCCCUUUCCCAGGUGAAUUCCAGGCCUUGUUGAAGCGGACGUCGACAUUGUAAUUCAAGGGAUCUCUACAUCGCAGCAACAACUCAACUACACCCAGAGCCCAACAGUUUCAAAUCUUCUGCCUGUCCAUCCUAGAAUAGUAGUAAUAAAUACUUGAAGGAGGUGCGUGGCAACUGUGUUUUAACACAAAGUAGGCUGCCUUCUCUUGCCCCAUCAGCAUACCGCUGCACUGCCGUCCACUCCGAAUAACCCUAAAGAGCAGCCAAUGUAGUGCCCAGCAGAUCUUACGGACUACAAGUCCAAUCAUCCCUGACCAUAGGCUGUGUUGUUUGGGGAUGAUGUAUGCCAGGCAUCCCCAACCUACGGCCCUCCAGAUGUUUUGGCCUACAACUCCCAUGAUCCCUAGCUAAGAGGACCAGUGGUCAGGGAUGGUGGGAAUUGUAGUCCAAAACAUCUGGAGGGCCGAAGGUUGGGGGUGCCUCGUGUAUGCCCAUAACACCUGGAGGGUACCACAUUGGCUACCGCCGGAAUAACUUUCUUUCCCUCUGAGGACUUGACUGCAGUUUACAGUUUAGUAGCAUUUCUUCUGUUAACGGGGAUAAUUUAUGGAUGUUGCCAUGCAAAUUUAAGGAUCGUUGCGUAGAUUUUAAUGCUGUAACAAGCGCCACAAAGCCACAUGCUGUUUUUGACUAAGUAACUAUACAUUAUUUACUCUUUUAUUGGGGGUGGGGGAGAGACAGAGAUUCUAACUACGUGAAGAUUUCCUAUCACCGCCACACUAAUUCCUCAGAAGGCGGUGUUAUUAGGAACUCUGGUACUUUUGUUUGUCCCUUAAGCAGUGGCAAAGGCCGCUUAGUUUAACACUGGGAUGGUAGUCAGCAACCUGUUCUCUCUUGUUCUGCGUGACAAACUAAUAACUGCCUAAUUGAUAUUUUAAAUUAAAUUAAAUGUCUAGGUAUAGACAAUCAUGAGCUGCUUCUCACAUAAAGCUUUUCAUUCCGGGAUUGGCGUUUUCAAAUGAUAACGAGAGUGUCUAGACAUGAAAGGAUGAUGUAGGGAUUGACUAUUCAUGUAGCACUUCUCAAGCUGAAUGCUUCCACCUUGAGGCACCCAAACGAAGAUAAAUCAUUUUAACAGAAGUAGCUAUGUAGGCUACAAUCCAUAUUGUGAAUAAGCCGUAAAAGCCCUCCUAUAGGAUACCUCUGAGCCAAAGGACCCGGACAGGUGACUUUGAACACACAUUCCUAUGCAGGCCUGCUCAGAAGCGGUAUCCGGGGUGCCUCCUUCAAAAACAAGUUGUUGAGGCUGAGGGGAGACAAUAUGCUUGGGAACUGUUUUUAAGCCAGAGACACCAUAUUAACCCUCUGGUGUUACCUAACACACACACAUACCCCAGGCCAGGCAAACCAUGAGACAUCGCUGUGAUCCAAAUGCUUCAGCUAGAAUUAUGUGAAAGUCUCUAUGACUUGUAUAAUAUGGAAAGUAGCCCUGAAGAGACCAGUUUUCUCCUGUUAUGUAACUUUACAGCACAUCUCUAACGAGCCACUGAAAAGUUUUGCUCUUUUGACAGAUGUGUCUGUAUCUUGUCUGGUUGCUAAACAGUAGAACACAAGACCAUAAUUGUGUUCCUUGUUUUGGAAGUAGAAUACUGUACCACCAUGACUUGUCUUGUAAUGUGCCCAGGAAAGGGAGUUUUGUUUUGUUUGGUGUAUUUUGCGAUGUUUUGCUUUUAUUCUCUUUGUCUUUCUUUUCAUUCCACUUCUAGGGGUUGAGCGUAGACGAAUUUAUGACAUAGUGAAUGUCUUGGAGUCUCUUGAUCUCGUUAGCCGAGUAGCUAAGAAUCAGUACUGUUGGCACGGUCGUCACAGCUUGAGUCAAACGCUCAAAAACCUCCAGGAAAUAGGAGAGCUGCAGAAAUAUGAAGAACUUAUGGCUUCUUUCCAGCAUAAAGAGCUAGACCUUGACUGUAAAUUUGGAGAACACAAAAAAGAGACCUUUCUAGAUUUCCAAGACCGACAGUUGCUUGACUUCUCGGAGACAGAUUGUCCGUCUGGUAAGUUAGCAAAGGCUACUGGCAAAAUAAGAGAGAGGUCCUUGCCAUCAUCAACAUGUGAUAGGUGUUCUCUUUUUAUUUUUGAAGUAAAUUACUGCAUUGAAACAUGAUUGUAUCUUUUGGGGGGACAAGACUUCUUUUCGUCCAAAUGGUGCAACUAUAUCAGGGUCAGCUCUUGCGUCAUUGCCAUCUCUUGUUGCCCCAAACGCUGCCCUGAUAUUGCAGUUAAUAAUAAUAAUCAUCAUCAUAAUCAUCAUCAUAAUAAUAAUAUAUUCAUACCCCGCCCAGCUGGCUGGGUCUCCUCAGCCACUCUGGGCAGCUCCCAACAGAAUAUUAAAAACACAAUAAAACAUCAAACAUUAAAAACUUCCCUAAACUGGGAUGCCUUCAGAUAUCUUCUAAAAGUCAGAUAGUUGUUUAUUUCCUUGACAUCUCGUGGGAGGGCGUUCCACAGGGAGGGUGCCACUACCGAGAAGGCCCUCUGCCUGGUUCCCUGUAACUUCGCUUCUCACAGAACGAUGGGGGUGGAGACGCUCCUUCAGGUAUACGAGGCCAAGGCCAUUUAUAAAUGGUGCUAUGUAAAUGCUUUUAUAAAUAGAUGAAAUAAAUCAACCUACAUAUCCUUUUUCUCCUGGUGCUUCUAACUUCUGACUUCACUCUUCUUUGCUCCUAUAUUAUACACAGAAUAAAAUCCACAGAAUGUCCUGCUUUCCACACACUCCUUCAAGAUACUUUGCUAUGACCUUCCUUCUUUCCUUAAGAGAGUUAAAGUGCAACUGCCCAUCUGCUAUAGGCAAUUAUUUUCUGCUCAUUAAAAAAAACCUGCUUCCCAACAAGGAAAUGUUUUUCUUUUUUUCUGCUUGAGAAGCCUUCAAAACGCUUUCUUGGCUGUGAUAGAUGUAGCAUGCUGAGACUUGGGUUGUGUUUGUAAUACAGCGUCUGCAAACAGCAGAAAGGACAAGUCGUUGAGGAUUAUGAGCCAAAAAUUUGUCAUGCUGUUCCUCGUCUCCAAGACCAAGAUAGUUACUCUCGACAUAGCAGCGAAAAUAUUGAUAGAAGAAAGCCAGGAUACAGCAGAUCACAGCAAGUUUAAAAGUAAGAUUGUUUCUGGGAUGAAUUAUCAUUUAGUCACUGCAGAGAAUAACAGUCAUACUGACAUCACAAGGGAACAUACUUGGUUUUUCAGAUUUUUUUAGGGGGGUGGGAUUCAUAUGGAACACUAUGGCCCUGCAUCAUGUCAUGCAGGUGAUACAGGAUCCUAGUUCAGACCUUAGCCUGUGCAGGAUGCAAAGUGUGUGCAUGUGUGUACAUGAAUAUUAAAUGAUUACUUGGCCACUGUGCACUGAAAACAGAUUUUUAAAACUAAACGAUAAAAUGAUCCCCUGUGGUCCUGCCUAAAAUGAAAACAGCACACAAAGCUCUGAAACGAAAUUUAUUAUCCUAGAUUGGGUUAUGAAUGUAUUUUAAAGAGGCUGCAAUCCUGGAUUAAAAUCAAUUCAUUGAUUUAUGUAGGACCAGGGUUUGAACUCAGGGACUAUAAUAUAAAACAAUUAGUUUUAUGUUUUUUUUCUUAUUGAAUAUGGCGUAUUCAUGUUCCAGAUAUAAAUCUUUAUGCAUAGUAAUUUUGCUAGGACAUUCAUCCACCGGUCAAGAGUAAGAGUUUAGACCACAUCCACCCACCCCAAAGACCUAAAAUAUAUUAUAUUUUUUGUACCCAGUCCUCAUGGGGAGCCAGUGUGAUGUAGUGGUUAAGAGCAGUGGACUCGUAAUCUGGCGAACCGGGUUCGCGUCUCCGCUCCUCCACAUGCAGCUGCUGGGUGACCUUGGGCCAGUCACACUUCUUUGAAGUCUCUCAGCCCCACUCACCUCACAGAGUGUUUGUUGUGGGGGAGGAAGGGAAAGGAGAUUGUUAGCCGCUUUGAGACUCCUUAGGGUAGUAAUAAAGCGGGAUAUCAAAUCCAAACUCUUCAUGAUUUUACUUCUGGGUUCUCUGGUAGCAGUUCUUCAGCCUGGUUAGUUACAUCUUAAUGUAACAUAAUGCAUUUGUUCAAUAAUUAAACUUGUUUUCUUUUAGCAAAGGUACGGCGAUUGUACGAUAUUGCCAAUGUCCUGACAAGCCUUGGGCUUAUUGAGAAAGUGCAUGUAACAGAAGAAAGAGGUCGUAAGCCAGCCUUCAAAUGGAUUGGGCCGGUGGAGUUCACUGGAGACAAUGGUAAUAUUCUUUAUAUUAUGUCAUUAUCACUUAUGCAUUUCUUACAGCCUUAACAGCACCAACAGCACCAGGUUGGCUCAAAUGGUUUCUCGUAUUUUUGUAAAGGAGACUCGAGUAAUGUGAAGAAUAGAAAGCCCAACCCUUAACAUUCAAGGGGCCUCAGGAGGCAUCUUCUGUUUAUAGCUGUUCCACUUCACCUGCAAAGUGUCUUGCUUUGUCAAUGGAACUGGUUUAUUGCCCAAGUGAUGCUCCAGGGCUUCUUCAUGUUGAGCGUGGCUUGCGGGUCAUCCUUUGGCGAGCUGAUUUUAACGAAGAAUGCAUCUCUUUAGGUGGCAUAAAGAUGGAGAUUCCGACCUGUGCUGCUUUGACGAAAGCGAAAGGGGCAGCACGUGUCCCCCACCAAGCCUGUUCCAGUAGGAAAGAGCGGCUCUCGCGACAUGCUUCUUUUGGCACGGCUCAGCCUUCCGAAGUGGCCAAGAGGAAGGCCAGCUCAGAACCCAGCAGCCCACGCAGGGGAAAACAAGGUAACCUGGGGAGGGCUUGUGCUCCUCCAACCCACCAGCUCUGCUAACAAGCUUCCAGCUAACAGCCGUGCGUCUGUGCAUCUCUUUUCGGGUAAAGCAGCUCCCUUUCCACAAGCUUAAACUUGGAGCGCGCUCCUUUUGUUAGAAUUUGGCACAGGCAGAUUAAAGCCCUUUAAAUGGAAAGAGAACAUAUUAUUUUAUGGUUGCUGGUAAGAUGGAGCUGGCUGGAACAAUCCUGUUUAUAGUACUUUCACACCUCAGCACUGUCAGGCUUUAUAAAGUGAUUUGAAGGUUUUACUAGAAUGGCAAUUGGCCCAUCUCUGCCUGGUGCACGGCGCCCAGCUCAGAAAGUACUGUGUUACCUUGGCCUAUGGAACAAUAGAGUUGCCUCUCUCCCAACUGCAAACAAACUGUGCUUGAGUGUAAGUUGGAGGUAUCAGGGCUGAGCUAUAGAAUACUUUUAAAACAUCAAUCUGAAUUCCAGGCCACCAUUUUCACUGGGGGGUCCAUAAAUUCCUGGGAGAGGAAGGAGGAAAUAGUUUCUGCAAUUCCACUGAACCUCAGAGACACUUGGAGGGUACAGCUUCAAGAACAAUCCUACACAGGGCCCCCCUCCCAGCUCAAAAGAAAUGUGUGUCUAUAUUGUGAUGUUCUUCAGGGCCUCUUCAAGGAUCUCUGAAGUGCAGCGCAAUUGCGGGAACUCUGGGCUCAAGAGAAGGGCUGGGCUAGACCUGGGAUAGCUCAGUUGGUAGAGAAUGAGACUCUUAACCUCAGGGUCAUGGGGCUGAGUCCCACAUUGGGCAAAAGAUUCCUGCAUUGCAGGGGGUUGGAUGAGAUAACCCUCCUGGACCCUUCCAACUCCACAAUUCUAUGAUUCUUUGAUUUUGUAUCAUGCUUAGCUUUGGAAGAGGAGCUCAACGUGAACAUGCUAAAGAGCUAUGGGGUGAGUGGGAAGAUGAUUGUUCUCACAGUCAUACUGCAUUCCCAAGCUCAGCGGCAAGUGGGGAAGCAUCCUGGCCACCAGACAUUUUAGCUGUCGACGAUGGCCAGCCAAAAUUUGUGGACACCUGUAUUUUCAUAUAGGCUAGAGAAGGGACCUGCAGUGCCCAGCCUACCGCAAAUCACUUUGAGGGUGACAGUCAUCUGAGAUCUGAUGUCAAGUGAUUGAAACUUCAGGUUGUGACUUCAAAGGAAGAACUGGGAGCGUAGCGAAGAAUGCUCUCAAUACUUCCAUUGCAGCCCCAUCUGAGACAGAGCCUAGAAAAUGCAUAAUUACCAGAUCCUAUAUACAUGGUCCCUGAAACAGUACUCAUCAACGGUGCUGCCUGUCUUCCUAAGUCUCUCUGUGCAUUCUAGUUGUUUCUCAAGAGAAGACAUGAUUGGGUGUUUGCAUGGCUGUUUCUCAUACGGUACAAACAUAACCGUCACCCGUUGGUAAUUAAUUCAGCGUUCUGCUUUUCCUUCAUUCUUCAGAUGACUGCUGCUCCAAAAUGAUAAAUCUAGCAUCUGUUUGCUGCCAGAAGAUGGAAGAUGACGCAAGGUAUGUUGUGGAUUUUAAAGCUUGAUACUCUGCAAAAGCUUUGGUCUGCAUUAAAAUGAGCUUCAGUCUUCCAAGUUUAGCUGUUGUGCAACAUCCAUAUGUUAUGAGAGCAGGCCAUGGUUCAGUAACAGUUUGUGCCUUUGCGUGUUUCACGAAGAGUUUCAUGGGGUACAGCAGCUGCUCCCGUUGGAUUGCUCAUUAGACUUGAACAAAUUUUGGCUUUGCACAAGGUGCAGCACACAGAAUAAAGUGAACUCAGGGUGUGAUGUUUCCUUGAUAGUUGUGAAAAUAUGCAUCCCACUAAGUGAAGUAAAUAACUAUCUAACGUUUUAGCAAAGGUAGACAUUUUGAAGCUCUCUAAUUUGAAGCUUUGGUUGCACUAAAAUAUAAUGAAUGGCACCUCCGAAAAUUAUCUGUGCUACCAUGGAGAGACUGAAUAACAAAUCUAAAGAGGAAGCUGGAUUUAAAUAAAGCUUGUAUUACCCAGUGGCCAUUUUAUCCUGAUAACGCAGGUGUUCUAAUAUUGCGAUGGAUUAAAUCCAAGGAUGUGAUCCUUUAUGUGAAUUUAAAGUUGAGUAAAAUGUGUAUGGCACCAUCUUAAACUUAAACACGGCAGAGACAGCUUGCUGAGAAUCUUGUUUGGCCUCCAGCGCUCAUUUCAUAAGGCAAAUAAAAAUUCCUGAAAUGAGUACUCAUCAUUGUGAGUGUUGUCAUGAAUAACACUGAUCAGCUAGCACCUUGGCCACACAGCUCUUUAUAGAGUGUCAGUUCUCCUAUUCUUUUACAAGUCUAGCAUAAAUUUUAAACCCCUUUUACCUUUUGCACAGAAAAUUGCUCAUGUAAUAACAUGGUGACUUAUCACAUAAUGUUCUAGUUAGUGUCUAAAUCUAGGUGAAACCAUUAAAAAGGGUGGCAAUGACGGUAGGAGGGUGUGUGUUUUUUAUUUGGCACUGCCAUUUUGUAACAGAGCAGAUUGUUUAUUUUAAUUUGCUUUUCAUUGAAACACUUAUAUCUCGCCCUUCUGGUGUGAAGGCCUUCAGUGCACAUCAGAAAAUUGCAACAAGCCUUCCUCAGGCCUAAUCUUGUUCAUUGGAUUUUCCCAUCCUAAACUGGAAUAAAUAGACACAUGCAUGCAAACCUUUUGGUGAUUUAGUUCUUUCCUAAGCCAGUAGAAUAAAUCAGGUUUUUCUUAGUAGAGCAAGAAUAGCGUGUGCUGUGGUUCUAGACUAACUUAUCUCUCCCUUUGUCUUUAUAGCAAAGGUCUCGAAGCGGCAGGAAACCUGGGCAUCAUUUCCCCUUUCUCUGUUCUUUCUGGAGACUCAGACUAUUGUCUUAACACCUUCCCUCCCUCAAAUGCAAGCUCAGACACGUCACAGCCAUCUCUACCAAAUGGGAUAAAUGACCAAGGUCUGCCAUUAUCGGCUUCCAAGCCAGAGGCUGGCAAAACCACUGUGCUCUCCAACCAACCUUUUGUUUACUUGCCAUCUCCCUCUCUGUACAUGCUGUGCGGCAGUCUUCAUGAGAGUCUCUCGAGGGGAAGUCCUCCAGAAAAGGGAAAUUGGGACUUCAAGGGCCAGGCUUCACCCUGCCCAUCAGAAGGUGCUGAGUCUCCAGUUAAAGGUCAGAAGCGGAGUUCCCAAUGGCGUGUUCCUCCCACUGAAGAGGAACCGACGGCAAAAAGGCAGAGUCUGGAGCAGAGCGAUGGUCCCAUUUCACUGGUGGUAUCUAAGGUAAGAGAAAUACAUUGGACCAAUAUCCAGGUUUUGAUUGCAGCAGGAGAAAUGGAAGUUUAUACUUGAAAUGACCCUUAGCUAGACGAAUUAGCAUACUGCAGAGAACUAGGCAGCAUUCAUUGCCCCUGACAUGUUUGCUGUAAAGCGUGAGGUAUUUGCUUCCCCUCUGUGCUGCAGAAGUCAUCAUAAAGACAUGUGAUAAAUGGCAACGAACGUUUUUUUGGCUAGCGCAGUUUGUUAAGAGCGUGGUACUGAGAACACCGAGGUUGCAGGUUCAGUCCCUAUACGGGACAGCUGCGUAUUCCUGCAUUGCAGGAAUCUCUUCCUUAGGGUCCCUUCCAACUCCGUGAUUCUGUGUGCAAUCCCUCCAGUAUUGGAAGAGGAAAGCAAAUAAACGAAACGUCUCCUAGAGUUUGAAGAAGUCAAAAUGCCAUUUGUCCCCCACCAUUUGCUCAGAAGCACCGGUCCACCAACGCCUCCGCAAUGUGCCACAUGCCAUGCAAAUAAGCCUGGAUGAGUCAUUCCAGUGAAUCAAAUCAGACAUUGUAGCAGAAGGAUUCCUUAAUGAGUGGAUUUGGAUGUAAAAUCGCUCCCAAGUUAUCAGUCAGACUGAGCAAGGGCAAAAUGCUAUCACUAAGUCAUUGCCACCCAGCUUCCUGUUCCAGAUUGUGGCAGUCCUUGCUGUUUCUCAUUCAGGAACAGGUUCUUACUACUUUGUCAUUUUUUGCCAGUUGCAUGAAUUAACUCCUGCCAGUUCUGCAUUGGAAAUCAAAACUUCGUUUUGGUUUUGGUGGGCAGGGGAGGACCCUAUUUAAAAAAGCUGUUUUAUGAUAAAUUUAUCCCUUGAUUAACCAUUUUUAACCUAGACAUAAUUUGUACUAGGGUCCUAGUCCCAUAAUAGAACUGCACCUGUUUUGUUUUGCAUUUCUUUAAUGAAAUGAAUUGUGCUUUUGUUUUUCUUAGAAGAACGCUAAGCCAACAGAUGCCGAAUCUGCCUCAGAUCGUAACUGCAGUCCCAUUGACCAACUUCAGUUCGAAGCAGGGGUGCCUGCUGCUAUAGAAGCUGCUAAAUCUUUGGAAACUUGGGAGCAAGAAAAGCCAUUUAGGAAUAAGUGUUCGAAAGAAAAUGCAAAGGAAAAUGAACAGGCCUCUCAAGAAAACGGCAAGCAGUCCUUCUUGCCACAGUAUCUCUAUGUGCAGCCUGCAGCUGGUAAGGCUUCUCUUGGGAACUAGGUACUGAUGUAGCAUCUGGCCAGAACAUACUUUAAACUAGGUGCAUGCAAAAUGCCAACCAAUUACUAGGUAGGGAGGUCGAAUUUCCAAAUCUAAAUCCUUUCACUGCUACCUAUCCCCUUUGUUGUAGCAUAGCUUGCCCCAAGUCUGGGAUGGCAUGGAGAAGUCAGGCUAUCUGUCUACUAGAUCAUCUCUACUUCGUAAAGCUUAGCAGAAGCUGUCCAGAUUUUUUUAUUUUUCAAGCCUAACACUCAUACCCUGUAGAAAGAGUAGCAAGCAAGGUGGUACCCCAGGUGCUGUGCCCCCCAACUCUCAUCCCUGCCAGCUGCUAUGGCCAGUAGUUUGUCAACGUAAUCUACAGCAGAGCUGGAGAACCUGUAGCCCAUGAACCAACCGUGGCCCUUUCUCAAGAGAAAAGGAUAUACAGUGGGUGGAAUUCAAUGUCUCAUUUCCCCAGUAUUUUGGUCUGGAGGUUUUCAUCACACACACACACACGAGUCAGUUUGGGGGAGGAGAACCCCAUUGUGCAAGCAGAAGUCGAACAGGGUUUACACUGGUGUGGCCAACUAGGCGAAUCCCGCCAGUUACUGUCUCAUCUAACUGCAAAUGUCUGCCUCUGUUCUUCCCUCUGUUUAGGACUGAAUGGGUUUAAUUUCCUGUUUCCUGCCAACCAAGCUCCUGGUCCCGUCAACCUGUCUUCAAGCCGUUUGCCUUCGCUUAACGUUCCCUGUAUGAUGGUUCCAUCUACAGCCUUGGCACCGUUCCCUCUCAUCUAUUCCCCGGCAGUCACAAGCCAACUUACUUCCGCUCCUGCCAGCUCCUUCCCAAAUGUCACGUGCAUGAAUUUCAGAAUGCCUGGCCUGGCACCUACAACACCUGUUUUCAUUGGGACCCCAGCAGCAGUCGUCACUCCAAAUUCAGCACAGCUACCAACCCUGGAGCCACACCAGCAGAUUCAGCCAGCUGUACACCUGAGCCCUGUCCUCGGGUCUGCCUGCGGCUCCGUUAAAGCAGACUCGCCGGUUUGCAUGGGGCACCCAGUCACCCUCCUGAAAUUCCAGCAGGUGAGAAUGCAAAGACUGGGUGUGAAUGAAGCUCAGAUUGGGAGCGCAUAAAAUGCAUCUGUUUAAACCAAAUCACCUUGCAUUUCAAAACUGGUGCUUUUGUGGACGUUAAAGAUCAUAAAAUUGCUAAACGUUUUAUUUUAUUAUUUUGUAAACAGCAGUUCCUAUUUAUGAAAUCAGCCAGGUGCUUAUUUAUAAAUGAAGCUAGGAUUUAGGAUUCUCCUCCCCUCACUCACAUAGGGAAAAGUCACUCAUCUUUAUAAUAAGCUCCAGCACAUAUAUGGACUUACGACCUAUACAGGUUAUAUGUAUUUAUUGUAUUUCUAUCCCGUCUUUUUCUCCAAGUUGCUCAAGGUUUUCCCCUUCUUUCUUUCAUCCCCACAACUCUGCAAGGUGGUUUAGGCUGUGACUGGCCUGAGGCCACUCAUUGAGUUUCAUGGCUGAGUGGGGAUUUGAGCACUGGUCUCCUAAGUCUUAAUCUGACACUAACCCCUAGACCACAGUAACUCUCUUGUUGAUUUCAGUAAAGGAAUUCCUUUUUAUGGGGUGCCACCCAAUCAGGAACCAUGCAACUAGGGCGAAUUAAUGCAAUCCUAUACAACUGAGUGCAUGCUUAAAAGUUAAGCACUCUUGUUUUAAUGUUAAACACUAUCAUUCUCUGGAACUCUUGUGAGUGGAGUCCAGCUUUGUUUUUUUGGCUGGAGCCUCUUAAAGGCUGGGAUAAUUAGAUAUUUGGGUAAGUGCUGCUAAUACAGGCGUUGUCCUGAACUGUUCAUAGUGGCAUACAUUCAUUCAUACAAGAUUUGAAUGGUUUCUGUUCUGUGUGGUGGUCAAAUUCAAAUAGGCUGAGGGACAAACUUCCUUGCACCCAUGGUUUUUCCACCAAAACAAAUCAACAGUUCUAAUGGGGGAAGAGACCGGUUAUAGGACCAUGGCUACCAUCUAGAAAUUGCUCGCUCCAUUCAACCUCAAUCUGCAACUCAUUUUAGUGAUUGCAGAGGCAGGGAACCUCAAAAUGAUGCUGAACUCUUUACAGCCUCAGCCGGAAUAGCCAAGGGUCAGAGAUUAUGAGAGCUGUAACCUCGCAGUAUCUAAAGGGCCACAGGUUCCCCCCACCUCUGAGCUAGAUGAAUUGGAUUUGAAAGAGAACGGCUACUGAAUUGCUUUUGUCUCUCCCUACAAAUAGUCUUCUGCAGCCCCGCUGACUCCUAAGAACAUGCAUUCCACACCCCAAGAAGUGUUUUUCAAGACCCCUGGCAGCCUUGAAGACCCUGUGGCAUGGCGGAAAAGCGAAGGCAACCAGAGCAGAACGGCAAGCUCUGUUCAAAGAAGAUUAGAGAUCUCCAGCAACAGCUCUGACUAAUCCCGCUCACAGCAGAGGUGUGGGCAGCUUAGGAUGCAGAGCCUUAAACUUUUUUUACAGAAAUAAUCAGUUAUUACAUAAAAAGGAGAGAAGAGGUUUUAAAAACAGGCACGCUUGGCCACUGUUCAUUUGCCAACUACGCUGUUGACGUUCUUCCUCGUGAAUCACCCCAGCUGUGGAAAUAUUAAUACCCGUUAAAAUCUGAAUUAUGUGCAUGCUGAUACACGGGAGCAUCAGGUUCUCUUUGGGAAGUUUAUAAAAUCGCAUUAGUGAUCAGUUAUGUGAACAGGUUUACCAGGGUCUGUUCCGAAGUCCAAAACUGGGGGAAGCUGGCUAGCACUUAUAUAGGGGAAAUGCUCUUUUACAAACACGCUAUCCUGCUUAAGUAUGCAGGAUAGGCCAAGGGGGACCUCUAAGUAAAAAAAAAAGUGUAGGAGCCGGUGCUUCUUUGCCACAACACUGAAGUAUUGCAACUUCAGAAAAACAGACUUUUGUGGAGUACUUGAAUGUUAUUGAUGUACAGUUUCCCCUGCAUUUGUUAAAAGCGGAGACGUCUGAUAACUUACAGUAGGAGUGAAUGUAUUCAUGUGAAAUACUUUAAGACCAAAACAACUGUGAAGUUUAAAAUAUUUCAGCGGGGUUUGUAUUAGUGAACUUCGUAGUUUCUCUGUGUCCUUGUUUUCUGCACAAAACGUACCAGCUAAUUAUCAGUUGAUACAAAUGCCUGUCCCCAAUACUACAGAGGGUGUAAUAGGUUGCUUCAAGAAUAAGGAAUCUCUGAAGUGUGUGUGGUAGAAAUUCAUCCCUAGUUUAAAUAUACAGUGGUAUCUGGGUUCUCGAACUUAAUCCAUCCCGGGAGUCCGUUCGACUCCCAAAACCGUUCGAAAACCAAGCUGCGGCUUCCGAUUGGCUGCAGGAGCUUCCUGCAGUCAAGCGGAAGCUGCGUCGGACGUUCAGCUUCCAAAAAACGUUCGCAAACUGGAAACUUACUUUCAGGUUUGCGGCGUUUGGGAGCCAAUUUGUUCAGGACCCAAGCCGUUUGAGAACCAAGGUACCACUGUAGUGUAAUUCUGUACUUAACUACUUGGAAAUAUGCCCCAUUGAAUAGAAUGGGGUUUACUGCCAGGUAAGUGUAAAGGAUUGCAGUGACAAUCCCAUAUACAGUGGUACCUCGGUUUUCAAGCAUCUCGGAAACCGAAUGUUUCAGAAGCCGAACACCGAAAACCCAGAAUUAAUUGCUUCUGUUUUUGAUGCACCUUGGAAGUCGAAUGGCUUCCGCUGCGUUUUUUUUCCUCCAUUGACUGACCACUGACCGCCCUUUGUGCCUCAGUUGUCUAACGUUUCAGAAGUUGGAACAGUCUUCCGGAACGGAUUAUAUUCGACAACCGAGGUACCACUGUGUUUUUCUUAUUGAGCCAAGGUUCAAUAUAUGGCAAAGCAUGUUCUGUAAUUCUGCCACUGGCUCUGAAGCUUAGUUGGGCAGAUUUGCCUAUAAUGUGGACUUGUAUGAAUUACACAAUAACAGGUCUAGUUUUCAUCAAGAUAAUCCUUUGAGCACGGUAUUUAUGGCAUGAGUGGCUGCUGAGGAAAGAUUGGAUUUAUGACAGAAAGAAAUAGAGGAUCUGUAUCCCAGCAUGGAAAUAGAAAAAUUAGGGAGUGAUCAGUGAAAGGGUUGCAUUAAUUUAUGGGCCACUCUUCAUUUACUUACACUAUAGAAAGGAAACAAGUCAGUUUAGAGUCUGCUGCUGGAAAUGGGUUAAUUUCUUACAAAUUAACUGGGCAGUGCAUACUUUUGCAUUUAUUUCACCAGUUUCAUAGACUUAACGUGACAUUCAUUGCUGAUUUUAAAAGAAAAUUCAUCAUGAUAUUUUUCAUUUUUAAAUCAAGUAAAUAGAUAGUGUGGCUGGCUCUUCUUCUUUUUCACCUAGGGAUGACUUUGUAGCCAUGAUGUACGUUUCUUGAGGUCAGAAAAGUUUUCUGAACUUUCAUUUCACCAGGUUUAAGAAAGAACAAUGGUUUUGUGUGACAAGAUAUUUUGGUUCAUUUAGUUUUGAAUAAUGAAUGUGUUAUGAAAAUUAAGUAAUUAAUUUUAGAGCUGCAAAAUAAUUUGGGAAUAUUGUAUUUUUAUGUUAGAAUAGACCAAUAACAGCCUUACAAGGAGUGUAGUGCAACUUAAUGUUUCUUAAAUCUCUUUAGUUCAAUCACAAUAGGAGAUUGAAGAACAUGAAGGAAGAGGACCUUAAAACAAAACUUUUUACACUACAGAAUUUUCACAUUUUUGUGACUUUUACCCAAUGCAUUGUUUUAUUCACCCACAUUCAAGUUUUCCCACAUGAAGUGUAAUCUUCUGUUUAGUAACAACUGUUGCCAAGCAUAAUUGCGGCAGGUGCCUGAUUUACUGGUGUACUCAAGUCUGUACCUCUUUUGCUCAAAGGAUACUGUUUCUCUUAACAGAAAGAUAGCUGGUGUGCCUGCUCUUAAUUAGUAAUCCCUCCUCCAUAUGCAUUACAUGUGGCAAUAAAGGGGUGGUUCUCAGCAAUUAAGGCUGAUGGAAAAACUCUUGAUUCUAAAACAUUAAAAGACAGUAUGUCUUGUUUUUUCAUGAUCAAUAGAACUAUACAUUCAGUAACCAAUACAGUAGUACCUCGGAAGUCGAACACCUUGUGACUUUAAGGUUUUGGCUCCCGAGCGCAGCAAACCCGGAAGUGAGUGUUCCUGUUUGUGAACGUUCUUUGGAACCCAAACGUCCAACAUUGGUUCUGCAACUUCUGGGUUGCAGAAGCUGUGCCUUGGUUUCCGAAUGUUUUGGAAGUCGAACGGACUUCCAGAACGGAUUCCGUCCGACUUUCGAGGUACGACUGUACUUGCUUUCUUGGGCAUAUUUUAGCUGCGUUGGUGACAGCAUAGGAAGUGGUGAAGUGAUUGUUUGAACAUCGAGCAUCACAGAACUACCAGGGCAAAAAAGCUAUCUGUAAGGCACGAACAUCUACAAACCGCUGCCACUUUAUCCCUAGGCUGGAAGAUUAAGACUGUAGGCUGCGCUAGGCUUGCCACUACCUCUGUCAGCUGUAUUUGCAAGCAAGGUGUGAGGAGGAGAGGGAAGUUAAAGAUACUUGGGUUGCGUGAACUGGAGAAUCGGCUAGAUUCAAAUUUUCUGUGCACCAGCAUGAAGCGAGACCUGUUGCAUAUAGCUAGUGAAAGGGGAAUCAGAUUUGGUGGCAGCCAAAGCGGUGGUGUGAACAGGCCAAGGUUUGCUUCUGGGGCCGACCUUUUUACUAUUAAAAGACUGGUUGUAAACAGAAGCAAGUGUGAAACUGCAGCUUUUGGUGGUGGAAGCAGGAGCCUGCAGGUCUGGUGACCCAGAAUGUGGUGUUUUGUCUUAUGACUCCUGUUUCACAGAACCUGUGGCAAAACUGCUUCAGCAGAGGCAAGCAUUCAUUUGCACUGAUGCAAGUGCUCAUGCACUGACUUGUGCAGGAUUUCAGGGCUUGUGAAAAACCUUAACUCUGGUACUAUGGCACUAACCCGUUUGCAGGGGGGAGAGUGUGUGUAUAACUUAAUACUUGAAUAAUAUAAUAUACCACGUUUACAUAUCUCAGUUCCUUUUGUAAAAGGUGCUAUUUCUGUAUUUAAAAAGCUGUAUUGUUUUUGAUAAUGUAAAGCUGCUUCAUGUUUAUAUCAUUGCACUGCUAGUUUCUUAUCUUCGUAUUAACGUCUCAAUUGCUUGUGGGUCUUCACUGGUUAGAAAUUGCUCUCUGCCUGUCUUAGGUUCUUUGCUACACUCUGCAUUCAAAACUAUUAAGAGCACACACUAUUUGAACGGGGGAGGGGGGCAUAUUUUUAUACUUAAAUUAGAUAACUCCUAAUCUUUGU